GUGACGACCACCCUUUUCUCCUCAGCUUUCUGUUUUCAAGGUAGAUAGACUGGCACUGUGUACAUCAAUCGGUGCGGUGAUAUCACUGAGAGGUCACAGUUUUACAGGUCUCUGCAAGGUGUAUAGUGAACACAGCUGGUGGACAUUGAACCGAGUAAACUCAAGGAUGUCUCGAGAUCUGUCCCUGGACAUUAACAUCAAGGAGCCGCGAUGGGACCAGAGCACAUUCAUGGGCCGCGCCCAGCACUUCUUUUUCGUCACCGACCCCAGGAACAUCCUCAAGUCCUCUAAGACCCUGGAGGACGCACGGGUCACUGUGGAGAACUACAGGUUAGGAGUGGUGAAGCCAGGUCUGACAGAAGAUGAGCUGUGGAGAGCCAAGUACGUCUAUGACUCUGCCUUCCACCCUGACACCGGAGAGAAGAUGGUGGUAGUGGGGCGUAUGUCAGCGCAAGUCCCCAUGAACAUGACCAUCACCGGCUGUAUGCUCACCUUCUACAGGACGACUCCAGCGGUGGUGUUCUGGCAGUGGGUUAACCAGUCCUUCAACGCUGUGGUCAACUACACCAACCGCAGUGGAGACGCUGCCCUCACCACCAAUCAGCUGGCUGCAGCGUACGUCAGUGCCACCACAGGAGCCGUAGUCACAGCCCUGGGACUCAAGUCUCUAGCCAAGCGCCUUCCAGCCGUCAUGAGCCGGUUCGUCCCCUUCUUUGCUGUAGCGGCUGCCAACUGUAUUAACAUCCCCUUCAUGAGGCAGAGGGAGCUGAAGUACGGCAUCCCAGUGACGGAUGAGAAUGGGAACCGGUUAGGAGAGUCAGUCACCGCUGCCAAGUCAGGCAUCUUCCAGGUGGUGGUGUCCAGGAUCGGCAUGGCUGUGCCAGCUAUGGCUAUCCCCCCUGUGAUCAUGAACGCCCUGGAGAAGAAAGCCUUUAUGAAGCGGUUCCCAGUCCUAAACGCCCCAGUACAGGUGGGACUGGUGGGUCUGUGCCUGGUGUUUGCCACUCCUCUGUGCUGUGCCCUGUUCCCACAGAAGAGUUCUAUGGCUGUGAGCAGCCUGGAGCCAGAUCUACAGGAGAGGAUACGACAGAGCAGUCCCCACACUACUACAGUCUUCUUCAACAAAGGCCUGUAGGACGACCCAACCACACACACCACAGACCAGCCCCCUCUGCUGGCUGGAGCCUGCUAGCACAGCUAAGCGGGCAAAGAGAAUAUUAUAUUUAUGCUUAUUUUUGUAUUUACCUGUUUGUUUACUAUGAUGUUUGUUAUAGGCUUUAGGAUUUGAUUUGAUUAGGGAGAGAUGAUGGUGAGGGGUGCGUCUCAGUCCUACAAAGUUGCUUCCUUUCCUUGUCUGGUGUGUUUAUCCUCCCAGAGAUUGUGGCUGUUUAGUUACUGACUGCUCUACUCCAAUCACCACUAACUAGAUACGUAUUCAACCCCAGAGAUAAAAAAAAAAAAAAUAUCCCCAAAGUGUAUUUGUUAUUUAUUGCCCUUGUGUUUGAGAUCGUACCCUUUUGAGCUGUGUGCACUGAAACCCAUUCAUGACUUAGAAAAUAGUUAAAUGUAAUCUGCUAGAUGGAUAUCCACUCCCUCAAGUUGGCUCAACUGUAGUCUGUAGCACAGGUAGUGAAGGAUAACAGUUGGUUUAUGAGCACACUAGACUGACCCAUUAUUGAGUGUACCCCAAUGAACUUGACCCAGUUGACGAGCACAGUUUCUUUCUUUCUUUCUUUCUUUCUUUCCCCCUUGGAAGUGCACACACACUGUCCCACCUCAACCCCUCUCAGCCUAGUGCACCGGGAACCCUGUGCGUUUGUGUUAUCAAGAAAACCGCUAGAGAUGCAAUGACACUGCAUGAGAUUUCAGUAAGCACAUCCCCAGUAGCACUGAUGACAAUGAUAUGCCAGAAGAAAGGUUUAUAUAGGACAGGAUCUAGGCCUAAUGUUUCAGCCCCAUAUCAAGGCCUUUCAUGAUUUGAAAACACUUUAUGGAUGAAUUUGGAUAGUGUCUGUGCAUUUUCAAUGGAACUCAUGAAUAAUUGUUGGUGAAAUUUGUUCCGUGCAUUACUAUUGCCAUUUGAAGGGGAAUGUACUGUAUUGUGUCUAAAUGUUAAAGGAAUUGUAUCCAUGUUUUGUCCUAACCACCCUGCCACAGCCCCCCGGUCAGUCAGUUUGACGCUCCUGGUGUCUCUUUAGUCAUUCUUCUGUUACAACAGAGAAGAAGAAGAGUUGACUUGCAAUGGUGACAUAGAGACCGAGACGUGUGGUGGGGCCAAUUUAUGCAAUAAGAAGCAAGGGAGUAAAAAUGAAUCCCAGUCUAUUUGAUGUCAGCUUUAGAUUAAUUGUGUUGUGGUGAUGUGUGCCAAAUAAUAUAGUUUUAUUGUCAUAAAACAAAGUUGUGAGAACCAGGGGUCUUAAACUACAGGCCCGCAGACCAAAUGUGGCUCCCAAGCUUUUAAUGUGGCCCGCGGUUGUCUUAGUAAAUGCAGCCCGCGGUCAUAAAAGGUUUGAGACCCCAAGUCUUAAAGGAAUACGUCGAGAUUCUUGCAUUUUCUACUUACCCAGAUUCUGAUGAACUCGUAGAUACCAGUUGUAUGUCUAUACAUGCAGUGUGAAGGAAGUUAGAGAUAUUUCUGCGGGCCCAAUGCUAACUAGUGUUAGCACAAUGACUGGUAGUCUACAUGUACGCUAGCAUACGCUUAAAAAAAGGCUUAAUUGCUAGAAUCUCGCAGUAUCCCUUCAACCUUGUGUAAAAGGAAAUCAUCAGUAGAUUGUAGGACAGUUGGAAGUAAUGCUUGGAUCUUUAGUUCCCGUGUGGAAAAUCUGUGCUUAGUUACAGCAUCCCUGAUCAAACCUGGGCUAUAAUACAGUAUAUUAAUGUUGUUUAAUAUACAGCUAGAUGUCGAGUGUAGUAAUAAUAUGGUUGUUUAGUAGUCUAGACUAUUUCGUACCAACUGAGUUUAACUUUGUGUGGUCGAAAUAGAGUAUGUACAACAGGCAUAUUUUUGUGGGAUUAAGAUGACAUAACAGGAUAUAUUUAACAAAUAAGGUAUUAGAAGAUGUUAAACUUCAGGGUGCACUGCUCCAUUUCUCCACCAGGUGGCGAAGUUUAUUCAACUGGAUGUUAGAACAACUAUUACACAUUUUAAUAAUAAGAUGCCACUUAGCAGACGCUUUUAUCCAAAGCGACUUACAGUCAUGCGUGCAAACAUUUUUGUGUAUGGGUGGUCCC